AUGUUGGAUGAAAGCAAGUUCGAUGUCAAUCUCAAGCUCUGGGCUUUAAGGAUCCCCCGUGAACUCUGUAAAAGCGCAACUCGAAUACUCAAUGGAUAUAUGCUGAAUAUGCCUCGGAUUAAGCCCAUAACUGAAGAACCUGGUUAUGAAAAGACACGUUUGGUGAUAUUGUCGGAAAGUGUUAAAAGUGCUGAUUUGUCGGAGUUACCUGAAGAAAAACUGAACCAGAUCAAGAAACUAAGUGCAGUUGAAGUAGUUCCUCACUCUGUUACUCUUGGCUAUUCUUAUUGGAGUGCAGAUCACAUAUUGAAGCAGAUUCUGCCAGAUGGAGUGGAUAUACCUUCAUCUUUUGAAACCAUAGUCAUAUAG